AUGGCCCCCUGCCGUCUCAUCCCCUGCUGUCCUAUCCUCCUGCUGUCUCGCCCCCUGCUGUCUCGUCCCCUGGAGUCUAGUCCCCUGCUGUCUAGCCCACUGCUGUCUCGUCCCCUGCUGUCUCGUCCCCUGCUGUCUAGCCCCCUGCUGUCUAGUCCCCUGCUGUCUAGCCCCCUGCUGUCUCGUCCCCUGCUGUCUCGCCCCCUGCUGUCUAGUCCACUGCUGUCUAGCCCCCUGCUGGCUCGUUUCCUGCUGUCUAACCCCCUGCUGUCUAGCACCCUGAUGUCUCUCCCCCUGCUGUCUCGUCCCCUGCUGUCUCGUUCCCUGCUGUCUAGCCCCCUGCUGUCUAGCCCCCUGCUGUCUAGCCCACUGCUGUCUAGCCCCCUGCUGUCUCGUUUCCUGCUGUCUAGCCCACCCCUUGCUGUCUCGCCCCCUGCUGUCUCGUUCCUGUUGUCUAUCCCCCUGCUGUCUCGCACCCUGCUAUCUCGUCCCCUGCUGUCUCAUCCCCUGCUGUCUCUUCCCCUGUUGUCUAUCCCCCUGCUGUCUCAUCCCCUGCUGUCUCGUCCCCUGCUGUCUAUCCCCCUGCUGUCCCGUCCCCUGCUGUCUCGUCCCCUGCUGUCUCGUCCCCUGCUGUCUAUCCCCUGCUGUCUCGUCCCCUGCUGUCUCGUCCCCUGCUGUCUAUCCCCUGCUGUCUCACCCCCUGCUGUCUUUCCCCUGCUGUCUAUCCCCCUGCUGUCUAUCCCCCUGCUGUCUAUCCCCCUGCUGUCUCACCCCUGCUGUCUCACCCCUGCUGUCUAUCCCCCUGCUGUCUAUCCCCCUGCUGCCGAGAUCCCUGCUGUCUCGUCCCCUGCUGUCUCGUCCCCUGCUGUCUCAUCCCCUGCUAUCUAG